UCAUCUUCAUCUUCUCGCCACAUCUGCAAGUAAAUGUUAAUUACUUAUUUUAUUUCAUUAAUUAAAUAUUAAAUUUGACCAAUUUAAUACACUCUCUUCCCUCACUUCUCCCCCCCUUUAUCUUCAAUCCACUAAAACCCUAGAUUUUACUUUGCUUCUCGUCGGAACCGGUGUUGUAUUCUGUGUUUCGUACAAUGUCAGGAGCAGGAGGGGUUUCAAUUGCGCGGAGUCGUGGUGAGAGUCGGUUUUACAAUCCUCCGCAGGUGAGGAGGCAGUUACAGUUGUUGCAGCAGCAGCAGCAGCAGCAGAAGAAGAAGCAAGAGCAGAGAGGGGGAGAGAAAGGGGUGAGUUUGAAGAGUUCGGUGGAGAGGAGGACGGAUCCCGAUGAAUGCGCCACGUCGUCGCCGUCUUUGUCGAAUGGGAAUGUUGGUAAUAAUAGCAGUUCGACGAAUUUGGAUCGGUUCUUGGAGUUUACGACUCCCGUCGUACCGGCUCAGUACUUGCCUAAGACAAGCAUGAAAGGAUGGAGGAGCCAUGAGCGGGAACCAGAGUUUCAGCCAUAUUUUUUGCUAGGGGAUUUAUGGGAGUCUUUUAAGGAGUGGAGUGCAUAUGGAGUUGGGGUUCCACUUUUGUUGAAUGGGGGUGACUCUGUAAUGCAAUACUAUUGUCCAUACUUGUCUGGCAUGCAAUUGUAUAUAGAUCCAUCAAGAUCCACCCCAAGGCUGAGGAGGCCUGGUGAGGAGAGUGACACUGAAUCAUCCAGGGAGACAAGUAGUGAUGAUAGCAGUGAUUAUGGAGUGGGGAGACAAGCUAACAAUGUUGUUCAGGGGGCUUGGAGCCAACAUAAUAGUGCAGAUGUGAAUAUCCAUAGAUUGGAUAUACAGUCCUUGAAAAGCAGACAAUUUGCGAGUUCCUCAAGCGAUGAAAGCGAAAUAUGUAAUCCUUCAGAUCAGCUUAUAUUUGAAUACUUGGAGCAUGCGCUGCCAUUUACUCGAGAACCUUUGGCUGACAAGAUUUCCUUUCUUGCAUCACGUUUUCCAGAACUGAGGACAUACAGGAGUUGUGAGCUAUCACAUUCAAGUUGGAUUUCUGUGGCAUGGUACCCCAUAUACAGAAUACCAACUGGUCCAACACUCCAAAAUUUGGAUGCCUGUUUUUUAACUUUCCAUUCUUUAUCAACACCCUCACAUGACACAAAGGCGGACAGAUUGCCCAUCCAUGGUUGUUCUGUCAAGGAGUUUCGUGGUGCUGAGAUGUCCUUAAAGCUACCACUGCCUACUUUUGGUCUGGCCUUCUAUAAGUUCAAACCUUCUGUUUGGAAUCCUGAUGGAGUUCACAAAUGUCAGCAAGCUAAUUCUCUUUUGCAAAAAGCUGAUAACUGGCUAAGGCUUUUGCGAGUUAAUCAUCCUGAUUAUACGUUCUUUGUUUCCAACAAUUCACGCUGGAGGUGAGGAUGGCUCUAAAACUGCAAGGGAACUGGCCUUUUAACCUGAUAAAUUCCGAGCACCCUUGCAAUUGCCAGCUAAAGUGUCUGUCUACCUUUUUUAGUUUGUUUUUGAGUGAUUAUUAUCUACAUUCUUCUUGGCUGUAGCCUUAGCCUUUAGAUAUGUAGUAGCUUUGCCUCAUCUGUUUCUUGGUCUUUGACAUUGCUGGUUGAAAGAUGCUGCUUCCAAAUUCAUGACAUUGGAAGCAGUACGGUUACUGAUAUCUCACUCCUGCCAAUAUUUCUGUUGCUAUUCCAUGUUAGUUUUUUAAUUUUGCAACUUCUGAAUAAGGUUAUUCAAUGAUGAUGAUGAAAAUUUUUCCAGUAUUUGUGUAUAUGAUAAGUUAUGACCUCCAAAGUUAUCAUGUUCUUGUUUUCAGUCUCAGGGAUUGCUCACCAUGUGUAACACGCUACUGUGUAUUAACAGAUCCAGAAAAUUUGAUAUUGAAUACAAAGAGUUGUUCUUU